GAUGAUCCAGAUUGUGAAGCAGUAGCUUUCGAAAUCAUUUUGAAACCAACGCCAAUUUUACUUUACGUUUGCUACAUGAAACUAUUCGAAAUUGAAAUUGCCAACAAGCAUUUUGAUAACAUAAAAUCGCUUAUGACUCGCUACGCGUCCCAUCAAGUAAUUGUUUUGGGUGAUUUCAACUUGAAAAAUAUACAAUGGGUUCCCGAUGAGACUGAAACCUGUUUUGUACCGUGCAUACCGAUGGAAACGAGAUCGAUCUACUUAAAAAAUGCAAACACAUUUUUGAACAAAAUGUUGGAACUCCCACUUUACCAAAUAUCAAGUAUUGAAAAUGUAGCAUCGAAUGUCUUGGAUUUGCUAUUUGUAAAUAAUUCGAGUGAUGUCAAAUUGAGCGUUGACCAGCACACACUUGUCGAUGCGAACCAACAAGACGUAUUUCAUAAACCAUAUGAAAUCGAAUUCGAAUAUUCGAAAAUAAGUUCAACGCUUCGCUCAGAACCUAAAUUGGUUUUCAAAUACUCACGUGGAAAUUAUCAACGACUUUGUCAACAAAUCGAGAGUAUUAAUUUUCAACAUGAGUUUGGCAUACGCGAUGUUCAUUCUGCGUUUGAUUUCUUUCAUCGAACUAUUUCAACACUCACUGAGAACAAUGUACCAAAGGUAUCAGUCACCAAUUACCCGAACAAGCCGAAAUGGUGGAGUCGUGAGCUUCAACACAAGAAAAAUCAACGUGAUAAGUCAUUUAAACGAAAGCCAUCUGGAGUCCAAACAGAUGAAUAUGUCAAAGCGUGUCACGAAUUCAACGUGUUGAACGAUAGGCUACACAAUGAGUACAUCAUGGGCAUUCAAAACAACAUCAAAUCGAAUCCAGCAGCGUUUUGGAAGUUUGCGAAAAUUGGCAACAAACAAGCAACUUAUCCAAAUCAGAUGCACCACAAUAAUGUCACCGCUGAUUCGCCAGACGACAUUGUCCAGUUGUUCGCAAACUACUUCGAGUCAAUUUACGUAGCUGAUGAUCAAUCGUGGAAUUUCGACGACAUUUUUCGUGAGAGUGAUGAUGCAAAUGAAAUCAACGUGUCAUUGGAAAGCAUCGAACUAGCCAUUAACUCGUUAAAAUGGCAUAGUGGAGCUGGACCUGAUGAUAUAUCACCGUUCGUCAUAAAACAAUGUGUUGACGCCAUUGUAUGGCCUAUUUGGCUUUUGUUCCAGAAAACAUUUGAUGCUGGUACUAUACCGUACUUGCUCAAACUGUCACGAGUUGUGCCUGUCUUCAAAAAAGGCGACAAAGAUGAUGUUACAAACUAUCGG